CGUUUUCUUUCCGGGUCCAUCACCGUUACUUCCGUGUUGUUAAGAAAGUUUAGCCAGUCGAGUACAAGGCCCAGUUUGUUAGUUUAUUAACAGUAUAGUUUUGAAAACAGUAAGCAACCGUAUAGUUAAUACGGCACCCUGAAGCCUUUCUAAUCCAUACGCAGAUUUUGGGAUCACACACAGGUCACACUGGAUGGGCCAGCUGGUAGCAGUCGGGGCCAGCUGUUAACAUCCUUUGGGCCUGUGCGUGUAACAUCAGUCGACAAUGGCUAGUCACUUCCGUAGCUACAUCUGGGACCCCGUCCUCAUUGUGUCUCAGAUUGUGUUGAUGCAGUGCAUCUACUACAGCUUCUUGGGCCUGUGGUUGGCUGGAGUGGACAGUCUGGUGCACAGUAGUCGGUCACUGGACCAGAUCUUCAGCUAUGAAGCCCUUGGCUUUGCAACAGUGCAGGGCAGGCUCUCAAUGAUGGCAUUCAUUUUGAACUCUCUUACCUGUGCCCUUGGUCUGUGGUUCUUCAUCCGUCGAGGGAAACAGUGCCUGGACUUCACAGUCACGGUGCACUUCUUCCAUAUGAUUGGCUGCUGGAUCUAUAAUGCUCAUCUUCCAGCCGCCCUGUCCUGGUGGCUCGUCAAUGUAGCCUGCAUGGCGUUGAUGGCUGUAAUUGGAGAGUACUUGUGCAUGCGGACUGAACUCAGGGCCAUUCCAGUCAAUAGUGGACCCAAAUCUAACCUGUGAAUUUUUGUUGACACCACACUGAAAAUCUGUGAACGGUUAACCCCAGAGGAAGACGCUCAGAGGAGGUUUUUCACUGCUUGCAAAAGAAAUGGAGCAUAAACCUCCGCCAGAGUAGAUGUUGGAUUGUCAUCCAUCUCCUCUUCAAGUGAUGGUGAUGAACUGAUCUAUUUAUUCAUAGCUGUCAGAUAAAUGUUGGAUAGUAUUAACUCUGUAGUAUAUUAAGAUAUAUGUUUUUAAUGCUUGUGAAAGCAGACGUCAGUUUACACCUUUCCCUGAACCUAAUGACUAUAUAUAUGAUUUGUUUUUCUUGGUAAUUAAUUUUUUUGCAUUCAUUUUAAGUACAUUAGCGUGAGCAUACCAUUUCCUCAUUUUAAGAUUUAUGAUAUUUCUUCUUUUUGUUGGGGUAUGUACACGUCUUCACACACAGGAAAUGACUAAUUGAAACUCAGAGCAAAUACAAACUGUGUUGAAAAACAGAAGGAGAGCAACAAAUGUCAACAAUAGACAUUUUUCCUCUCUCUUUGUGUUGGUAUAAUUACAAGCUGGCUGGGUUGGCAAACAAACUUGACCAUCAUGUCACUGCAAUUUAGAGAUGCCAAUGUGCAAAGUUACCUAUCACAGUUUAUCAGUUUAUGUUACAGCUGCAUCUAAAAGUUAAAUGUUGGGUAACAAGUUCAGUGUUAAAACAGGUAUACUAUAGUUUUCGGAUAUGAUAGUCAAUCAUUAUAUAAACCCAAAUGUAGGAGAGAGGAUAAGUAUAAAAUCAGGCUUAUUUUUACCUUUCUGGUUAAAGUUUGCACAUUCAGUCUCAUAAUGCUCGUUUUAGGCCUUCCUUGUCAAGCUUGUACAGCAUUUUGCACAGCUAGUGUUGUUUGUUUCCGUCUCUUUGUCAUGAUGUAUUAUGCAGACAGGGUGGCCACUUUGGGGACAGUUUGUCAGCUACCAGCUGUGUUCUGACAGCCGGCUGUCUAUGUUUCUGAAAAUACUAUUACUGUUUGUGGGGACGUGAUGUGAAAAGUACUGAAAUGUGCAGCACUGAUGGUUUCUGGAACAAUUUCAGCUUUCUUAUUCAGCGGUGGCUUUUAAAACCCUAUCUAAAUUAACUGCUUUCUUUUACUAGAGUAUUACAGGUCCUGAAACACAUAUUCAUAUAUCCUUUUAUUCUGCGUGGUGACUGUCAGAUCAAACCAUUGCAGCUUUGAUAGUGUGGACUAUGCAGUGUCUUGUUUUGAAAUCAGAUUUCUAAAGUGUUGUAUAAGUACAUCAUUAUGCUGAGGGAGGUAUGAUAUUUAAAAGUUCAAUAGUUGGACAUUUUGGGAAAUACACUUAGUUGCAUUCUAGCUGAGAGUUAGAUGAGAAGAUCAAUACCACACUCAUAUCUGUCCAAUAAAUAUGAAGCUACAGCCAGCAGCCAGUUUGCUUAGCUUAGACUGGAAACUUGGAAAAAGCUAAAACAAAAUGUAAUGCUACACCUCUUAAGCUCACCAAUGAACAUUUUAUAUCUUGUUAGAUUAAAACUGAAGUGUAAAAAUGACAAGUUGUGGUUUUACAGGGGUUAUGUGCCGAACUGUUUCUUGGCCAGGUGCAGUGACUUCCUGGAGUCCUCUUAACACCUGCUGGACACCACAACUUAUUUUUUUUAACUCUUCGGUUUUUGUACAAAUUAAACCAGAAAUAAUGUGUUAAUUAGUGUGCUGUAGAGGUGCUGGUAGGCAUAUUUUGUUACCUUUAGACAGAGCCAGGCUAGCUGUUUCCCACUGUUCCCAGUCUUUAUGCUAAGCUAACCUGCUGCUGGCGGUAGCUUCCUAUUUAUUGCGCAGACAUGAGAGCGGUAUCGACCUUCUCAUCUCACUCUGGGCAAGAAAGCGAAUAAUCCCAAAAUGUCAAACCAUUACUUUAAGUUAUGUUCAGACUCAUGACUGCUCUUUCAAAGCCAGUAUCACCUACUAUUUGAUUAUUCUAGCAAUGGCUGCUCUGCAAGUUUUCAUGCAAUGCCACCUUUGUAUUCUUUAACGUAAACUUUAGUUUUUAUAAUGUAUUUAAAUACAGAGAACUCGAGAGAUGGACCUACUCGUGUAAUUCAGUUCUCUGACUUGUUUCUAGAGCAGAAACAUCACAGACAAGGUGUACAUAUUUUUUCCUCCUCUCUGAAGAUUUAAAUAUAAGGUGUUGGCACCAGCAUCAAGGAAUUAUGGUACAAUGCAAGUACUUUUGUGCAUAUGCUGUUUAAUAAAACACUACCAAUUCA